UUACGGUAUCGUACUAAUCAACCACCCAGGGCAAGUUCCAUCUUGGCAUAGAUAAUACUAAUACGUAUCUGAGGUUGGAUGAUGUCUGGGCGAAACUUGGUUUGUCAGUCGGAAAUCAAGAAUCAGAGUGUUGUAACGUACAUUUGGCAAGCUAAUCAGUGGAAUGCAAAGAACAACCGCCGUGGUGUUCAAUGCAGUGCUUCUGUUGGGACUAGUUCCCUUGCUGGAAGCCAAUCAGUGUAUCGGUCGUCCGGACGGGUAUUUCGCAAACGAUUUCAGAUCAUGUGAAGGAUUUUUCACGUGCGUUCGCCAAACGGAAGUUCCUGGUCGCUGUCCGGAUGGAUUCUACUUCAACGAAGAGCGGCAAAUUUGCGAUAAUCCCUGGAAUGUGAUUUGUCUCAUUUGUGAAGAGUCUGAUGAAGCGUCGGGAACUGAGCCGAAUAUAGAAUUUUUCCCAAUCGAAAGAGAAUGUCGCAAAUACACGCUUUGCGCCAAUGGAGUGGGAUUUUUGAGGGAGUGCUCAGCCGGGUUGAUGUUCAAUCCCGUCUCACGAACCUGUGAAUUGGAAGCCAAUGUAGAUUGCGAGGAAAGUGUGUGCCCCAAUAACAUCAAUCCCGAGGAAGCCACACUGGUUCCGGAUCCGCAUGACUGCGCUAGAUAUUUCAUUUGCUUCCGAAGAGAGCCACUAGGAGGAUCUCAGGCGUGUAAUGAUGGUCUGCUGUUCGAUCCCAUCAAUUGGCGUUGUGAUAUUGCGGAAAAUGUGGAAUGCGAAGUUGUGACCAUACCGCCGGAUCUUAGCGAGUGUCCUCCCAGUGGACUACAUUACAUUCCGCAGGAGGGAUCUUGCACGACCUUUUUCAUCUGUUUUGAUGGAGACAGAAUUGGUCCAGUGCAGUGUGCCGAUGGUUUGAUCUUUGACAUCAACACAAGAAACUGUCGACCACGAACGGACGAGGGCUCUCAGUGUAUAACGGAUCCUCCAUUGGAUAUUUUUGGUGUGCAAAUAAAGAAGUAAAUACAUAUCGGACUUGAUGGAUUUUUA